GGCACUAUCGACCGCAAGUCCAUACCUAACACCAUAAGAAUUAGUUUGUUUUUUUGCAACAAACAUUUACAUUAUUAUGCGUGCGUGGCCAAAAUGCUUAUUGUUUGGUUAGUGCUUGCCGCCACACUGAGCCGUUUCAUCCGAGCCAGCACCACGAUAUCGAUACCCAUCACCACGCAAGACAUAAUAGCGGGUGACGUGUUUUUUGAAAUCCUAUCGCCCACGGACCUGGAAUACACGUACCGGUUGCGUCCGGCCAAGGACUUUGGAUCCACCUUCUCGGAGCGGUUAGAAGGCGUGCCGUUGGUGCUUACUGAUCCGCCAGGAGCCUGCCAAGAAAUACGAAAUGCCCGGGAGCUUAACGGGGGCGUCGCUCUCAUCGAUCGAGGGGAGUGCUCCUUCGUCACCAAGACGCUGCGAGCAGAGGCAGCGGGUGCUUUGGCUGCCAUCAUCACCGAGUAUAAUCCCAGCUCACCGGAGUUCGAGCACUACAUCGAGAUGAUACAUGACAACACCCAACGGGACGCUAAUAUACCGGCCGGCUUUCUGCUUGGAAAGAACGGAGUCAUCAUUCGAUCGACGCUGCAGCGGCUGAAGAGGGUUCACGCCCUUAUCAACAUACCGGUUAACCUUACCUUUAUCCCGCCCGCCAAGAUCAACCAUCCGCCGUGGCUGGGAUGGUGACGGAAUAGGCUUGGAGCCUGGACUAAGGACAAGUGUAGGGGAUGCUUAUACGAUCUGAAACCAAAGUGCAUACUCGUAGAAAGAGAAAUCGAGACCCGAACUGAGACUAAUCUUUAGAGUACUAAUAAGUAGCUAAUUCAUAGACGGAAGACAUAAACUGUAAAUAAAUUGCCUAGCAUCCAGCCAGUCAGUCAGGUCGCAAAGUUGUAAGCUAGACAAAUACUA